UUGGUCAUGGAAUCUUCUGUACGCAGCGUUAUUGUGGAUAAACUGCCUCCGUCUACAAUCUGCACUGUAAAAUUGGAGGCAUGUUCUUUGGAUGGUUGCAGUGGCUCACUGACCACUUCGGCCGUUACGAAACCCAUAGCUAUUCUGGAGCCGCUCAUUACUGGAGUUUCUUCGAACAGCACGAGUUCCUUCCAAGUAACAUGGACUUUUCCUAACCGUGACGCUGAUUACUAUGACGGAUUCCUGGUGCUUUACUGUUCAUCAGCGUCGUCCUGCCGUGAGAGCUACACAUCGGCCAACAGCAUCUGCGUAAACAAUCUCAGCCCUGACACCAUUUUUGAUAUCCAAGUUCGAGCAAGUAUAAAACGCACCGACGGUCGCGUUGAGUUGGGCCCUGCUGCCGCUGCGCAAGUUACCACAUGGAAAGAAGUGCCACUUGCCCCUGGACUGAAGGUUCGCGCAUCCGAAGGAACAUCGAAUGCCCUGGUUCUUUUCUGGACGUUUGUGAACAGCACCGUUGAUUACCUCCAGGUAUCAAUGGAAGAAAAUAUUUGGACGAACUGUAGUGAUGACAUCGGUUGCGAUAUGGCAGCGAUGUAUGGGUCGAGACCGGAGUUCAAGUCGGGGUUCAUUAGGCUCAAGAACCUCGUGCCCUACACUACAUACAGUGUCGCAAUAAGAGGUUGCAACGACGCUGGCUGUGGAGAGGAAUCGAAUGUGAAGGUCAGGACAGGCAUGGCAGCCCCAAGGGAGCCUGUGGGAUUGCAGAUUUCGCUUCAAGACAGCACCUUGAUCAUCGUGACAUGGCAGCAUCCUUCUGUGCCGGCUGGACCGCUGAGUGGCUACAUUGCAUCAUGGCAGUGUCCCCACAGCGAAAAAAGAAACAGAUUUGUAGAGAAAGCUGAAGUGUCUCUUUACGAUCUUCCGCAAAAUGGCUUCAAUUGCACAUUAUGGGUGUCCGGCUUCAACAAAACUCCUGAGGGGCGCCUGCUGGUAGGCCCAGCCACCAGUCUAUCUCUGUAAUAAUCUGUUUUCAGUGUUCAAUUCCACU